AUGUCUCGUGUAUCCGCUUGCAACCGGUUGGAUCUGUUUCCUGCAGGUGCAGCCACCGUGGUACCUACCAGCCUCCCCAUCCAUCGCGGUCAUGUAGUUCGUGAGCCCAUGUCACGUCCUGCACAUGCCGUAUCGGGUUUGACCACCAGACCCAAACGACUUUUGCUGUUUGUGAAUCCCUAUGGAGGCAAACAGAAAGGCAUGAAAAUUUAUGAGAAGCAUGUCAAACCAUUGUUUGAAAUUGCUGGAAUUGAUGCAAAAAUUGUAGUCACUCAGAGACCAAAUCACGCACGUGAUGCACUUCUCACAUUCUCCUUUGACAACAUCGAUGGCAUCGCAUGCAUUGGAGGAGACGGAACAUUUGCAGAAGUAUUCAAUGGUCUCAUUCUUCGAACAGCAAAGGAUUUAGGAAUCGACCAUAAUGAUCCUGAAGCGAGACUUCCCACACCAGAAUUGAGAGUUGGUGUCAUUCCUGGUGGAAGCACAGAUACAAUGGCUUACUGAGAUAGCAGAGGACUUGACUUAUGUAGUGUUCACAGUAACGCAACACUGCUGCGCUAUUAUUCGAGCGUGAUCUCAUAUGGCUUCUUGGGAGAUGUCUUGAGAGACAGUGAAAAAUUUCGUUGGAUGGGUCCAAAAAGAUACGAAUAUUCUGGUUUCAAGAAAUUUAUGGCCAAUAAGGGUUACGAGGGAGAAAUAACAUUAUUAGCUGAUAAUAGUAGUGCAGCUGUUGGACCUAAAUGCUGGAGUAACUGUGAAAGAUGUGAUAUGCACAGAGAAAUGAAGAAAACAAAAGAUGCUCAACAAGAAGGGGAAUGGAAGACUUUUCGAGGCAAGUUCUUUAUGGUCAAUGGGGCCAAUGUAUCUUGUGCUUGUACACGAAGUCCAAAUGGCAUUUCACCUUUCAGUCACUUGGGAGAUGGUUGUGUUGAUAUUAUUCUUUUUAAACAUACAAACAUGCUCAACAACUUUCGACUUCUCCUCAGACUCACAAGUAAAGAUAAAGCAGUGUUUGAUCUGCCUUUUGUUGAAAUUCAUCGAGCAAGAGAGUUUACAUUCCGGUCGCUUCCAACUCCUGUGUCCCAAGGGGAUUUCUCCACUCCUCGCCUUAUUCCUGGAGUUAGCGUAUGGAACUGUGAUGGGGAAGUGCAAUGGGAAACAAACAUGCGAGUGAGGGUGCACUGUCAACUCUUGCAAGUAUUUACAAGAGGAUUCCCUGAGGCAGAACAAAGACAAGGAUGCCGAAUGUGUUGUUUCUGAAUAUAAUUUUUUGAAAGAGGUUAUUGACAAUUUUUGUUCAUGUAUAUCUAAGUGCCCAGCUAUAUACAAUAAGUUACUACAUACAAAAGUGUUAUAUUACUGUGUAAUCAAGAUUUUGCAAUAUUUUCUAAAAUACUGCUGAUUCCUGCUGUAGUGUUGUGACAUUUUUAAGAAUAUGUGACCUAAAAACACAUUUUACAGUAAAUUUACUACACAUAUUCUUAUGCCACUGGUUCUCUUCAUGAGCAAAAGUGAAAGUUGCACUGCAACAAUUUUGUUAAUUGUGAUUCUCAGAAAUAUUUGAUAAGACUGAAAUUGUAUAAACAUAAGAGAUCCCCUUCUCAGGACAUUCCUGAGAAAUGUAUGAAUAUUUUACGAGGUGCUAUAAUUACAGGACAGUGGAACAAAAUUUGGUCUCAUGCAGUUAAUCCUGUAUAUAUUUAAAUAGAAGGGACAUGGAGCAAUAAGUAAUAUGUUGCUUCUCAUGGUUGUGGAAAUAUCCUACAAAGCAGUUAUUUUCAAUGUUUUGCCCUCAUUAUUACUUCAGGCUGGCAAUAACUUGUUCACAGGAAAUAAUAAUUAUAAUUAUGAUAAUUUCAAAAAAAUUUAUUGCUUUUACACAUACUAACGAAGAAUUCAGGUUUUAAACAUACACGGUCUGGCAAUUUGAUGUAAGAAAUGUCAAUAGAAAAUAUAAUGAUAGUAUUUAGAAACUUUUAAUUAUAAAAUUGAAUACAAAAUACAUUGUUUAAUGAAAUUUUGUAGUUAUUGUUUAAGUAGUCAACAUGUAUUAUUAGGAAAAAUGAGCAAGAUAUGAGGAUGACUAAUAUCAGUUUGAAUUUGUAUUAUUGAUUUAGUUAUAAUGUGAAAUUAUUGACAUGUAGACACUGUCGUAUGUUUAAUGCUUCUAUACUGUAAGUUUUUAUGGGAGCAGUUUUAUAGUACAUUGAGGCUUCUUACAUCAUUAAAAGAUUUUUCUAAUUAUAGUUCCCUUGUUAAGAAGACACUAUUUUCACUCACAAAUUAAGAGACAAUUUGUAUCACUGAAAAGAAUAAAAAAAUCACUAAUUUAAGAUAAGUUUCCAAAUUCAUAAUAUCAUGUAGCAACAGAGGUACUCUAAUGUCAAACAUUAAAAUAUAUCAUUUUCUGACAUGUCACAUAUUUAUUGAUUACACACACCAUGAGAAAUUGAUAAGGGAAAUAUACAUAAAAACAUCUUCCAAACUGUACAAAUCUAAAAAUUCAUUCUUAAUAAAAAAGAAAUCGUAUAUUUUUGCUGGAAAUGCUGGAGUUGCAUUUUCUGUGUAGCUCUGUUGCAUUUAGCAAUACUGAACAGCUGUUUCCUGCGUGUGCAUUAUUGUUUAUAUCUUGAAAAAGAGAUGUUGCAGUGAAUUACAGUUUUGCAGUGAAAUGAGUCUCAAACUUUCUUUGCUGAAGAUCACCCAACAUUCAUGGAUUCCUCUUUACUUCUAUAACUAUGUUCUUUCAUACUUAUGGAAUAUAUUUUUUUUAUAUAAUUCGUCCAAAAGUGUGUUUCAAAUUCGAAUUUUAUCAUUGUGCAGUACAAUGAUAUUCAUUUCAAAGAAAUGCAUGUAUGAUGGAACUUUCAGAAAAAUGAACUACGAAGUAUUCAUGGAAGUAGCAAAGUCGUCUUUGAAAAUAAAUCCAAGCAUUGUUGUGAACUUUUGUCUCCUAAUUUGUAUCAAGUAAAUCCUUUGAGAAGAUGGUAUAGCAAUUAAAUUUAUAUUUUGUUUUUGUACAAUGUAUUAUUCAAUUACUAUUCUAUUACUAUACUAUUAUAUUACUUUAAAUGAGGAACUGCGACAUCUUUUCUACAACGAGCAUUUUGCUACAUUUUCUAAGUACAAUUACAAGUUGAGAUCCAACUUUCAGAAUGGAUUCUUGUGAAUCGACUACACUUCACUUUCCCCCAUCUACCCAUGGAAUAAAGAAUUGAUCAUUGUUUUCAAUUUCAUGCAAGUACAAAAUGAAAUAAAGGAAUCAAAACUCUAAAUGUUUUUGGAGUUAUGCAUUUUUUUUAACAGUUCUUGAAAUCAACUUUUUCACCUAGAUUCAAUUACAAUUAUCAGCAUUUUGAAGUCAUGCAAACAUUUGAAUAAUAUCAAUUAAAACACAACUUUAUACUUUUUCUUCAAAAUAGAUAUAAUAUUUUUAUUUCUUGUUUACUGCAAAUAAAAAUUACCUAACAUUUCCUUUUAAAAAGAAAAAAAAAGUCUAUGUUCUGUAUAUACUUCCUUUUCUGUUUUAAAAACUUCAGAAUUGUUCUUGUUUCUGCAACAUUCCUUUAUUCAGUUGACACCUUCAAUUAUUACAGAAUGAAUGAGGAUGAUAUCAAUAAUUUGUUGUUAUAAAUUUUUGAAGUGAGGACCUCAAUAUAGGAAGGUAUUUAAUUUCAGACAUUAAUUGCAUUCAUUUUGUGUCUGCUCUAUACACUCAAAAGUAUUAGUGGAAAUGAAAUAGUGAUUGCAAACGAUUUUGAUCCUUUCUUCUGAGGCAAUUUAAAAAUAUGCUCUCCCAACCUAUAAAAUAAUGUCAUAAUUUGAUUGUGGUAAUUUUUGAUACUUCAAACACUAAAAUGAAAUGGUUAUGCUUUUAUAUGUAUUAAAUUGAAAAUUUAUUGCACUUCCAGUUAUUCUGGGUGCUCCAAUAAAGUGAUUUGCUUGCCUCAUCACUGGGAAUGAUAUUGAUUGUAAUAAUUUUAUAAUAUGGUGUGAAAGUAGGGUCUUGCUUCUUAAUAAUGACAAGAAGUUUAAAUACUUGUUAUUAUGAAAAUUCAUAAAGACUAAAGGAUAUUAAAGAGAGAUAAAGGAAGUAAAAGAUCACACAAAAAAGGCUGUCAACAAGAACUAUAAAGUUACAAAUAGGACACAUACACAUUAACUCUAAAUAGUUCUUUCUAUAAACAAUUUCAUACUUUCAUACCAUAUACAACAUUUUAAAAAAUUGUUGUUUCAGUAUUUUUUAAAAC